UAGGAACGGGUUGCUAAGCUGGUGUUUUUGCUCAGUAAGAUGGCUGUGGCUGCUGCUUCCCGGGGAGCAGCCCAGGGGACUACCCAACACACAGCCUUUCCUUUUGGACUCUGAGAAGAUUCAACAGUGAGACCGAUCGAUCGCUCCACCUUCCCAUCAUCCCAGACAGCAGAGCCUGCAAAGUGCCUUUGUCAAGUUCCCUGAGACGCCACUCAAAGACUCGUGCAUUCAGCAGUUACAGAGCAUCAGCAAUGCACCCGGCCAUGGGCUGGAGUUUACAGUGUGCAGAGGGAGCAGCCGUCAGAGGCAAAAUGAAUGCCAGGGAAGAGAAAGUGAAAAUAAUUACAGAGGAGUUCGUGGAGAACGCGGAGGAGCUCGCAGCCGGGGAAGGACAGAGGAAAGCCCCCAAGGCUCCGAGGCACAAGAGGAGGAAGCAGCUGCUGGCCGCUGGCCCCGAGGACAUGGUCUCUGAGAACCCCCAACUGGGCCCCCCGCAGGAGUCGGCUCAGGAGGACCCCGGAGCCAGCCUGCUGAGCAUGACGACCCCCCGAGGUGCUCGGAGCUUGCCUCCAAUUCCUUCAGCUUCCAGAACAGGUUUUGCAGAAUUUUCCAUGAGGGAACGCAUGCGGGAGAAAUUACAGGCUGCAAGGUCCAAAGCAGAGAGUACAUUGCUGCAGGAAAUCCCUACCCUUCGGCCCAGGCGCUUAAGAAGCCCCAGCGAGAAGGAAUUGGAGACUGAAUUUGGCUCGGAGCCAGGCAAGGAGGAACAAAGACUUCAACAAAAAGAUGAGUCCCAAAGUCAUUCCAGAGUGAAGUUUCGUGAUUCGACACGAAAAUCCAAGUCUAAACCCCUGGUGCCACCUGGUUUCCCUUCUGCUGAAGAAGCUUAUAACUUCUUUACUUUCAAUUUUGAUCCUGAACCAGAGGAACUAGAGGAAAAACCAAAAGCAAAAAGGAGAGAUGGAACUAGCCAAGGGGAAGAGGAAGGAGAGGAAGAACUACCCAUGCAAGAAGAUGAGGAGGACCUGCUGGAUGGCAAGGAGGCUGAGGAAUUCCUCCUGGGCUUAGACCAUGGGCCUGAAGGCUUCGUGGCGGUCAGGCCUGCGGAUUAUGAAAGUGCCCAUGUUCGGCUGCAGGUGGAAAAAGAACUCCUGUUCAUACCCAGCAGGGCGACAGUGCCGACAUACAAAAAGCUCCCCGAGAACGUGCAGCCCAGAUUUCUGGAGGACGAAGGGCUCUACAUCGGGGUGAGACCGGAGGUGCCUCGCGUCAGCCAGAACAUCAUGGAGAACAGGUUGCUGGAGCAGGAGCAGGGGAGAAGGUGGUUCGGAGAUGAUGGCAGAAUCCUCGCCCUACCAAACCCCAUUAGGCCAUUUCCUGCGAGACCGCCAGUGUGGACAGCCGGGCAGGGCGUCAAGGCAGAGCUUGAGACGUUGUAUAAGAAGGCAGUAAAAUAUAUCCACAGUAGUCAGCAUAUGAUUGGAUCUGGAGAAGCUUCCGGAAACUUCCAACUGGACAUUGAUAUCUCAGGAUUAAUCUUCACGCACCACCCCUGUUUUAGCCGGGAGCACGUGUUGGCGGCCAAGCUGGCCCAGUUGUAUGACCAGUACCUCGCAAGACGCCAGAGAAACAAGGCGAAAUUUCUCACUGAUAAGCUCCAAGCUCUAAGAAAUGCGGUUCAGAUGGACCUUAAUCCAGUGAAAACUCACAAGUCUCUUGACACAACCCAAAAAGUCAUCAAUGACUAUAAAUCUGAAAUUCGGCAAACAAGGAAACUGCGUGAUGCUGAACAAGAAAAAGAUCGAGCAUUGCUUAAGAGCAUCGUAAAAGUCUGGAAAGAGAUGAAGUCCCUUCGAGAGUUCCAGAGAUUUACAAAUACACCCUUGAAGCUCGUUUUGAGAAAGGAAAAAGUCGACCAGAAAGCAGACAGUGAGGCAUAUGAAGCAGAAAUCCAGGCUGAAACGAGCGAGUUGGUGGAGGAGCACAUGGAGGAGCACGAGCAGCAGAUGGCGGAGUACAGGGCCGCGCUGCAGCACUGGAAGGCCUGGAGGAAAGCCCAGAGAGCCAAACAGAAGAAAAAGCAACAAGCAGAGGAAGACCACCCCGAUGAGGAGCUGGGGGAGUCGCCUCCCGAGGAGGAGCCUGCAAAGCCCGUCCCUCCGGAGCCUGCGGACCAGGCGCUGGUGGAGCAGCAGGUGCGGGAGCGAGUGGCCCAGAGCCGGAGGAGGCCCGGGGAGCCCACGCUGGUCCCGGAGCUGAGCCUGGCGGGGAGCGUGACGCCCAAUGACCAGUGUCCCAGGGUGGAGGUCUCUCGGAGGGAGGACGUCAAGAGGCGCUCCGUGCACCUGAAGGUGCUCUUCAACAACAAAGAGGUGUCCAGGACCGACAGCCGGCCCCUCGGCCCCGACUUCCGCGUUCACUUUGGACAGAUUUUCAAUCUGCAGAUAUUCAACUGGCCGGAGAGUUUGAGCCUGCAGGUGUACGAGACCGUGGGACACAGCGGCGCCACCUUGCUCGCGGAGGUGUUCCUGCCUGUUCCUGAAACCACCGUGGUCGCGGGGCGCGCGGCCGUGGAGGAGGUGGAGUUCAGCAGCCGCCAGCUCGCCGCCCCGGAGCACGAGGGCGUGGGAAGCGGGGUGCCCUUCUCCUUUGAAGCUGAUGGCAGUAACCAGCUGAUCCUGAUGACCUCAGGGAAGGUGUCCAGCAGCGUGGCAUGGGCCGUCGGAGAAAACGGAGUCCCUCUAAUCCCGCCGCUGUCACAGCAGAACAUCGGAUUCAGGAGUGCUUUGAAGAGAGCUGAUGCCAUCUCAUCUAUUGGCACGUCAGGACUGACGGACAUGAAGAAGUUGGCCAAGUGGGCAGCAGAGUCCAGGCUUGACCCGAAUGACCCCAGCAAUGCCCCUCUGAUGCAGCUCAUCUCGGUGGCUACCAGCGGUGAAUCCUACAUCCCCGAUUUCUUUCGACUGGAGCAGCUGCAGCAGGAAUUUAACUUUGUUUCAGACGAGGAAUUAAACAGAUCCAAACGAUUCCGGCUUCUUCGUCUUCGAAGCCAAGAGGUGCCAGAAUUCCGAAAUUAUAAGCAAGUCCCAGCGUAUGACCGAGAGAUCAUGGAGAGGGUGUUCCAGGACUAUGAGAAGCGGUUGCGAGACAGAAAUGUGAUCGAAACCAAGGACCACCUAGACACCCACAGGGCCCUGGUAGCCAAGUACCUGCAGCAGGUCAGAGAAUCGGUGCUAAAUCGCUUCCUGAUUGCAAAGCACCAUUUCCUUCUGGCCGAUUUGAUAGUGGAAGAAGAAGUUCCCAAUAUCAGCAUUUUAGGCCUAAACCUUUUCAAGCUGGCAGAACAGAAGCGACCGCUGAGGCCAAGGAGAAAAGGUCGGAAGAAGGUGACGGCGCAGAACCUGUCCGACGGGGACCUGAAGCUGCUGGUGAACAUCAUCCGGGCUUACGACAUCCCUGUGAGGAAGCCACUGGCCAGCAAAUUCCAGCCGUCCUCGAGAUCUGCAAGGACUUUCAGUGAAAAGCACCCUGCUUCCCCGAGCACCCACAGCCCCACCCCCGGCGCUGAGCACCCGCUGGGCCAGGUUUUAGUCCGUCCUUUCGUGGAAGUCUCUUUCCAACGCACCGUCUGCCACACCACCACCGCGGAGGGGCCGAACCCCAGCUGGAACGAGGAGCUGGAGCUGCCCUUUAGGGCCCCCGACGGGGACUACAGCAGCACCAGCCUGCAGUCGGUGAGAGACGACGUGUUCAUCAAUAUUUUCGACGAGGUGCUGUACGAGGUCUUGGAGGACGACCGGGAGAGGGGAAGCGGAAUCCACACGCGCAUCGAGAGACACUGGUUGGGAUGUGUGAGAAUUCCGUUCAGCACCAUCUACUUCCAGGCCCGGAUCGAUGGAACCUUUAAAAUAGACAUCCCCCCCGUGCUCCUGGGCUACAGCAAGGAGCGAAGCGUGCUCAUCGAGCGGGGUUUCGACCACGUCCGAAGCCUGAGUGAGGGCUCCUACCUCACCCUCUUCAUCACCAUGGAGCCUCAGCUGCUCCCCGGGGAGCCGGUGCGAGAAAAGUUUGAUUCUCAGGAAGAUGAGAAAUUGCUUCAAGCAACAGAGAAGUUUCAAGCUGAAUGUGCGCUGAAGUUUCCAAAUCGGCAGUGCCUGACCACUGUGAUCGACAUAAGCGGGAAAACGGUCUUUGUUACUCGCUAUCUCAAGCCUUUGAACCCUCCUCAGGAGCUCCUGACCGCCCACCCCAACGACCCCCAGGCCACAGCGGAGCUGGUGGCUCGGUACGUGUCCUUGAUCCCUUUCCUGCCGGACAGCGUUUCCUUCGCUGGGGUCUGUGACCUGUGGAGCACAUCUGACCAAUUUCUGGACCUCCUGGCAGGAGACGAGGAGGAGCACGCAGUACUACUGUGUAAUUACUUUCUCUCCCUGGGCAAGAAGGCCUGGCUGGCGAUGGGCAGUGCAAUUCCUGAGGGACCAACUGCCUAUGUGGUGACUCGGGAGCAAAGUCGUUACCUGAUAUGGAAUCCCUGCAGUGGCCACUGUUACGGACAAUAUGAUACCUUCUGUCCCCUAAAAAGUGUGGGCUGUUUAAUUGGCCCUGAUAAUAUUUGGUUUAAUAUUCAACGAUACGAUUCUCCACUAAGGAUAAGUUUUGAUGUCACCAAGCCCAAGCUCUGGAAAUCCUUCUUUUCAAGAAACCUUCCCUAUCCUGGCCUUUCCAGUGUUCAGCCAGAAGAGCUCAUUUACCAGCGCACAGACAAGGGGGCCGCCGCUGAACUGCAAGACAGAUACCAAGUACCGAUUACAAACGUGAUCUCUAAAUCCCACGGCCCAAGAGGAGGCUCUAGCAUCCGCAGGGUGUGGGGCAAACAGGACUGUUCUCCAGGGAAGUAGUUCUCCGAAACCGUCACCUCGGAUUAGAGCUCGACAUCAUGUUAUUAUGGGUCUCGUUCAAACAUAUCAUCCUCAGCUUAAAUGCACCGCUUUUGUCCAAUUAGUGGCUUACAGAGCCUCGGUUGUUUAUAACCCUAAUACAUGGAGGUGGCUGUAAGAGUUUAUGUGAGUCCCUGUAAUCCUUAUAACUCCGUAAAAUAGGCCGCCUCCUGGCUUCGCUUGUGUGGGAACUGAAGCGCCAAGGUCCACACCCUUGUUUAGUGUUUGAGGAAGUGUUCUCUGAUUCUAACCUGUGCCUGUACCCCCUCUACUGUGUCAAGCUGAGUGAAGAGCAGCAGGCCAUGUUACACGAGAUUAACCAGGACUUCUUCUCAGGUGGUAUUACCAGAAAACACAAAGUUACUCUCCACAGCAAGUUUCAAAUUAAAUCUUAUUUGGGACCCCCACCUAGAGUAACUAAUUGCCCCCCGCCCCCAACAUCUUUUGUUUCUUCUAAUAGCUUGAGGAUACUGUUGCUUAGACUCAAGACACUUAGUUCUCCAGUAUUACAAAGUGCAAGGCAGUUCAUCCACUUUUACUCAAACUACCUUGAAAUUACAAACAUGAGUGUGUUUUACGCCUGCAGCAGCAGAUCCUGGGGCUACCAGCAGCGGGAAGCAGGCUGGGCCCCAUCUGCGCAUUUGUUGAGGGAUGCAUGCACCUCUGGAAUUGAAACAAGUUUCAAUUCAAAUCCCAGCUUCCCCACCCUCAAACUGUCCCUUCAAAACUAAAAUUGGAACAAUAUCCCACCCCGUAGAGUUAUAGUUAAAGUUAAAUAAAAAUGUUUAAGAAGCAGUGAGCACAGCACCUGGUAUAUAAGGGUCCAAUAAAAGGUAGAGAUUUUUCUUCCUCUUGCGUAAGUGGACUCCCAUACCUGUCCCAUUAGUGUCACAGCAGAGUAUGAAAAAUUAAAUGGCAAUGAUGGCUAUUUAAGGGCAGGUUUAAGGCAAUUCAGAAAAACAAUCCUUAUGAGUAGGGGUCAUUCUGGGGAAAAGAAUGAAAAUGCAGCAUUAAUAGCCCUGCAAAUAUUUGAAAUUUUCAACACGAACCCCACCCUUUAUGCCUAGUCUAUAAUUUAUCUGAACAAAGUGAUGAAGCGUUUCAUAACCAUAAAAGUCUUCUGCUAAAACUAUCAAAUCCAGCCAUCCCCGUUACCCAGGGCCCCUCUGCUGUGGGAGGGGCUGCAUUUUCAACACAUCGUGUCUCUCAGCAGAGCACGCUCCUGUGUGCAGCUCCGUUCCCCUACAAGGUCCCUACGAGCAGGCAGGGGUCUCUGCUAACUUUUCAGUCAUCGGGAAUUAGCCUGAACUGGGCUCUGUGCUUAGUGAACUGCAGUUAUGUGAUCACCUGAAUCGCCACUGCAUGCAAACUGUGAUGUUAUUUACGAGGUAAAGGUCACCAAAACUGGAGUUUAUUUUUUU